CACGACUAUCAUUAUGAGUCCAACAGAAUUCAUUCAUAAAGUAAAAGCAGAGGCGCCAGCUUCAUUAACAGAAGAUUUGACUAAAUUAGAAAUUAAUUAUAGCAAGCGUUUAUACCACCAGCUUACUAAAACACUACAAGAAAUCAUACAGAAGGAUGAUAUUUCUAAGUAUUUGGUUGACUUGUGGAAUAACUUUAUCUCAACAUUCAAGGAUAAGUUGAAUCAACUACGUUUAGUGGAAAUUGGCGUUAGAGUAGCACAGGAGAUGAUUCCACAAGAGUCUCUAAACUUCUUAGAAUCUUUAUUGGACACCCUACCAGUUCCAAGAGCUGCAUUACCACCUGCACUGAAGCCAACCAAUACAAAAUCGUUCGAUGAGGAGCAACCACCAACUAAAACCGAAUCUGAGGCUUACGUUUUAGCAAAAAUCUCAAUAGCACAUUAUGACCUUUUACUUGGUAACUUAGACAAAGCUAAAGAAGCUAUGGAUGUUUGUGAGCGGGUUUUAGAUUCAAUUGAUGGCGUAGAAGCCAGUGUCACUGGUGCUUGGCUACGCGUUAGUGGUGAUUACUUUAAAUCAAAAGCGGAAUAUGCAGCAUUUUACCGUACAACAUUACUGUAUAUCUCAUGUGCUGGUAUGGACCAACUUGACAAAGCUGAGCAAAUCCAAAGAAGUCACGAUUUAGCCAUCGCUGCCUUAUUAGGUGAUACAAUUUACAAUUUCGGUGAAUUGUUGACUCAUCCAAUCUUGCAUGCUCUUGAUGGAACCGAAUUAGAAUGGUUGAAAGAUAUUAUUUACAUUUUCAACGAAGGUGAUAUAACCAAGUUUGAGGUUAAUGCCUCUAAAUUGGCAAAUGAACCAAUCUUACACGACAGUCAAGCUUUCCUUCGUCAAAAGAUAUGCCUUAUGGCAUUGAUCGAAUGCGUGUUCAAAAGGUCAUCAAAAGAUCGUGACAUGUCUUUCUCAACGAUCGGUGCUGAAACUAAGCUUCCACUUGAUGAAGUAGAACACUUAAUUAUGAAAGCAUUAUCGCUUAAACUUAUCCGUGGUACUAUUGACCAAGUCUCAAGCUCAGCUAGCAUCAAUUGGGUACAACCAAGAGUCCUCGAUAAAAAUCAAGUCAAAUCAUUGGCUUCACGUCUAAACGAAUGGAGAUCUAAAGUAGAGAAUGUGGCAGUCGAUGUAAACAGUCAAGCACCUGAAUUAUUUGCAUAAUGUAUCAUUAUUACUUCUCCUUCUUUGAGCCUGAUGAAGAAUUAGC